UUCUCACUGGGUGUGAUUUCCCGAGCGUCUCCUCUUCAGCCACUUCCGGGUCUUCCGUCGUUCCGGAAGCCCGCGAAUCCCGGAAGCGUGGUUAACCCAGAUUCGUUUUGGAAAAGCCCAGCUUUCCAGAGACAGUUUGAGGAAAGGUUCCGCGGCGCCUGGGCGUUCCGCAGACCCCGCAGCUUCCAGUAAGUAUGAGGCAAGGGUUUCUUGAAGCAAAUGUGCAGCAGAACUCUCCACCACCUUGUGGGUAAGCUGCUGAAUCCUGAAGGGGCCACAGGAACGGGAAAAGACAACAUCAGAGAAGACAUGGCUGGCAGAGAGAAGACAAAGAGUGCAAACAGAGUGCUGAGGAUAAGUCAGCUGGAUGCACUUGAACUGAACAAGGCUCUGGAGCAGCUUGUGUGGUCCCAGUUCACACAGUGCUUUCAUGGGUUCAAGCCAGGCCUGUUAGCUCGAUUUGAACCUGAAGUGAAAGCAUGUCUGUGGCUUUUCCUAUGGAGGUUCACCAUCUACUCCAAAAAUGCCACUGUGGGCCAGUCAGUCUUGAAUAUUCAGUACAAAAAUGAUUUCUCUUCCAACUCAAGAUACCAACCACCAAGUAAAAACCAGAAACUGUGGUAUGCUGUGUGCACCAUUGGGGGUAGAUGGUUAGAGGAACGAUGUUAUGAUUUGUUUCGAAACCGUCAUUUAGCAUCUUUCGGGAAAGUCAAACAGUGCAUGAAUGUUAUGGUUGGACUUUUAAAAUUAGGGGAAUUGAUAAACUUCUUAAUUUUCUUGCAGAAGGGAAAGUUUGCAACUUUGACAGAACGCCUCCUUGGCAUUCAUUCUGUAUUUUGCAAGCCCCAGAACAUUCGUGAAGUUGGCUUUGACUACAUGAAUAGGGAGCUUCUCUGGCAUGGCUUUGCUGAGUUUCUGAUUUUUCUCUUACCACUCAUCAAUAUCCAGAAAUUCAAAGCCAAAUUGUCUUCCUGGUGCAUACCCCUCACUGGUGCUGCUAGUAGUGACAGUGCCCUAGCCAGCAGUGGCAAAGAAUGUGCUCUCUGUGGAGAGUGGCCCACAAUGCCUCACACCAUUGGAUGUGAACACGUCUUCUGUUAUUACUGUGUUAAAAGUAGCUUCCUAUUUGACAUGUACUUUACCUGUCCUAAGUGUGGCAUAGAAGUGCACAGUGUGCAGCCACUGAAGUCAGGAAUUGAAAUGUCAGAAGUGAAUGCUCUUUAGACAGCACAUUGUUUCCUCUGAGGGAGGAUGUAUUGUGUCCCAGUCCUUGGUAUUAGUCAUCCUCAGUAUCAUGGGGAGGCAGCUGGGAAAAGCCAUGUGUGGCUCAGCCGCUGUCCUCUUCUUUUCCAAGCACAACUAAAUUCUAAUCACUGGAAACUAAAUGAUACGAGAGACUCUUACAAAUGUUCACGGUACUCUUUAAAAUCAUCUAUUACAUCUUUUAAUGUCAAGAAUAAUGGAAAAUUUUUGUCAGAUGAAUACUGAGAAUGACUAAGAAUCCUUUAUAGAAAAGGUCAAGCUCUAAAAAUAAAAGAUUUUUGAGACGCUGG